GUCAAAAUGCAAAGCUAAAACCUCAAUUGUGAUCUACAGUAUCUUAUUGUAUCAAAAUGGCGACAGUCAUUCAGAAUCCUUUAAAAUCGCUGGGCGAGGAUUUCUACCGAGAGGCGAUCGAGCAUUGUCGCAGCUACAACGCACGCCUGUGUGCAGAACGCAGCAUGCGGCUGCCCUUCCUCGACUCACAGACCGGGGUCGCCCAGAACAACUGCUACAUCUGGAUGGACAAGACCCACCGCGGACCAGGCUUGGGUCCGGGGCAGUUGUACACCUACCCUGCCCGCUGCUGGCGUAAGAAGAGACGCCUCAACAUCCUGGAAGACCCACGACUCAGACCUUGUGAAAUCAAACUCGAUACGGAGGUGACGCUGAAGAAGGAGGGCCUGCUUCCCGAGGGACCUGCGCUGGAGGCCCUGCUCUGCAGCGAGACGGGGGCGGAGAAGAAAGCGGAGACGAAAGAUGAGGAGAGCAUCAGUGAAUGUCAGAGGAUUUUGGCGAGCGAUUUCCCCCACGAUAUCGAGGUGGAUGAUCUGGAAGAAGAUGCACCAAAGCGGAAAAGCAAAACUAAAGGACGGACCUGUGGCAUUGGGGGGAUGAGAAAGAGGCAGGAGCCAACAUCACUGGAGGACAGGGACAAGCCGUACGUUUGUGACAUCUGUGGGAAGCGCUACAAGAACCGUCCAGGACUCAGCUACCAUUACACUCACACUCACCUGGCAGAAGAGGAGGGAGAGGACGAGCUGGAGCGACACACUCUGCCCUUCCACCGCAAGAACAACCAUAAACCUCGCAGAGGCCCAGACGGCAGCACCAUCCCCAGCAGUUACUGUGAUUUCUGCCUGGGUGGGACCUCUGGGAACAAGAAGACAGGGUUUCCCGAAGAUCUAAUAUCCUGUGCGGAUUGUGGACGCUCUGGUCAUCCCUCCUGCCUGCAGUUCACGGUCAACAUGACAGCGGCUGUGAGGACCUAUCGCUGGCAAUGUAUCGAGUGCAAGUCCUGCAGCCUCUGCGGCACCUCCGAGAACGACGACCAGUUACUGUUCUGCGAUGAUUGUGAUCGAGGUUAUCACAUGUACUGCCUGAACCCCCCGAUGUCCGAACCCCCAGAAGGCAGCUGGAGUUGCCACUUGUGCUUGCAGCAGCUGAAGGAGAAGGCAUCUGCCUACAUAACUCUAACCUAGUGAGUUGCCACCGUUGUUGGCAUCUGCUGCCAAUGACCCGGGGGAAGCCACGGACCGGCCACCGCAAGCCCCCUCUCUCAGCGGCGCCCGUUCCACAAGGAAGGCACAAACUGUUGUAAGAUAGCCGCCUGCGAUUGCCCCCCCCCCACCCGAACCCCGCCACCCCUCUCCCCGAGGGGUCAGAACGCAGUGAGUGGGGGGGCGCGCACAUUCCACCUCCGUGCCGUGAUUUAACCCGCGCUCGAUACGGACGUUGGCUUUUCGCCGCCAUUUGGUUGUUGCUCCGUGGAGCCCGAUUCCUCUCUCCGCCUACGCGCCUUCUCCAGAGACAAUGGCGAGAAGAUUGCCAACGCAAACGGGAAGGGAACAUCGACGCGCCGGGGCGGAGAAGCUCCAAUUUGGGUUUUGAUCCCGGCGGUCUGGGCACGGACUGGACGAGGCGAGGAAAGUUCAUCCUCCCUCCGGAUUCUGAGCUGCCCAGAACUGCCCCGGUCAAUCUUUGCUGCAUGUCGACUAUUGGCAAACCAGUUUAUUGGGAAUUGGGGAAAAUUGGAAUUGAAGACAGGAAAUAUCUUCAGCGUGAGGGGGGGGGGGGUUGCUUGUAUAAAUGCAUGGCGUGAUGUAGAUGUUCUCCACCCCCCCCCCUUGAGUGGCCACAGGGAGAGAGAGAUGAGUGUGCAGGUUCACCCUGGUUGCAACUGGAGCCUUGCACCUGGAUUUAUGCAGGUGGUUCUUGAGGAGCAUGGAUGUGGACCCAAGUGGAGUCCAUGCCCAAACAUCUGAUAGACCUUUGCAACAUCUCCCCCCACCUCCUCCCGUCUGCUUUUGAACCCCCCCACCCUCCCACAUCCACGUCGGGACUCUCUUGCCAAGACGUCUGGAAGCGCUGAGAGAACUUUGUGAGAAGCUGCUGACCAUUCCCCCUCUCCCGCCGGGCUAGAACGAGGAUUGAGGACUCCAUCUCCAUCUCCAUCUCCAUCCCUUCUGGACUCAACACCUGAUGAAGAAACACUAAGAUACAUGUGCGAACUUUCUUAAGCUGAUGUGUGGGUAUAUUGACUGGGUGUGAUUAGCCCUUUGGUAAAGACUGGAUAAUGGCACAUUGGAUUUUCAUAAGUGACAGGAGCAGAAUUAGGCCAUUCGGCCCAUCGUCCAUUCAAUCACAGCUGCUCUAUCUCUUCCUCCUGACCCCAUUCUCCUGCCUUCUCCCCAUAACCUCUGACACCCGAGGUAUGCAAAGAAUUGCCACAUAAAGGGCAACGGCAAUGUUACAAAGUAUCCGUGGCAGGUCCUCCCUUGUUCUUCCUCUCCGCACGGUGGUGCCCACACGCAGCUGGGAU